AUGAAACAGCCCAACAGGAAAAGGAAGCUUAUCAUGGAUUCCAAAGAGCAUUUGGAUCAGGACAGAUGCUUGGAAUCUUCGAAGUUACUUGUCCAUUCUCUGAAGGAGCAAGCUGAAGAAGAAAAGAAGCCCAGGAAUGGCACAACCGCUUUGAAUCGUGUCCCUUCAGCAGCUGCCCAGGAAACGUGGUCUUGGGAGCAGUACUUGAAAGAACAGAAGGCUAUCACAGCACCUGUUGAGUUGUUUUCUAAGGAUCAGUCCUUUCCAGAGCAUGAAAAUGGUUUUCAGAUUGGAAUGAGAUUAGAAGGCAUUGAUCCCCAACAUCCAUCUGUAUUCUGUGUGCUUUCUGUAGCUGAGGUGUGUGGUUACCGUCUAAGACUUCAUUUUGAUGGUUACUUAAGUUGCUAUGAUUUUUGGGCCAAUGCAGGUUCCCCUGACAUUCAUCCAGUAGGCUGGUGUGAAAAGACCAAACAUAAAUUACACAUCCCUAAGGGUUAUAGAAAAGAUAAAUCUGUUUGGGUGGAUUACUUGAAGGCCUGCAAAUUGCAAAACGCUCCCAAGAAAUUAUUCAGAAACAGAAGUUCUAAUGGGCCAAUGCCUAAAGAAUUUCAGGUUGGAAUGAAGCUGGAGGCCGUCGACAGGAAGAACCCUUCCUUGGUGUGUGUGGCGACCAUAGCAGAUAUUGUUGAAGAUCGCUUGCUAGUGCAUUUUGAGAAUUGGGAUGAUAGUUACGAUUACUGGUGUGUUGUCAAUAGUCCUUAUGUCCAGCCAGUUGGUUGGUGUCAGGAGAAUGGAAGAACUCUGAUAGCACCCCCAGGUUAUCCUGAUCCAGAAAAGUUUUCCUGGACAGAAUAUCUGGAAGCUACUCAAACUAAUGCAGUUCCUGACAAAGUUUUUAAAAUGAGGUUGCCUCAUGGUUUUCUGCCAAAUAUGAAACUUGAAGUUGUGGAUAAAGAAAACCCCAGGUUAAUUCGUGUUGCUACAAUUACAGAUGUUGAUGACCAAAGAGUAAAGGUUCAUUUUGAUGGUUAGGACCAUAAGUAUGACUACUGGGUAGAGGCAGACAGCCCUGACAUCCACCCAGUCAGGUGGUGCGAUGUCACAGGACAUCCCCUGGAAGUGCCACAGCGAGCAAAUGAUGUGAAAAUCCUUCCAGGUCAAGCUGUUUGUCCUACUCCAGGAUGCCGAGGAAUAGGCCAUAUCCGUGGUCCACGUUAUUCAGGACAUCACAGUGCUUUCGGCUGCCCAUAUUCGGACAUGAAUUUGAAAAAGGAGGCAACACUUCUUGAUCUUCUGAGAGAAGAAACACAGGCAAAUUUGGAAUCAGAUUCUUCAUAUUCAAAAUCGAAAAACCUCUGUAGUUUGAAAUUCAAUGGAAAACAUGAAAAGGUGAACAGUCAGCCCAGACUUGUACAGCAGGCAAAGUGUUUGAAAAUCAAAGGAAAAGAAGAUAUUGACUUGGAUAAUCUCUUCAGAGAGUACUCGGCUGGGCAGACGCAGCAGGCACUUCACCAGUCGGUCUUCAUGUCAGCCGUGUCUGCCCGCCUUUUCUGGGACCUUCCCCUCGGCAGGGAGCAGCACUGCACCCAGGUGGCCCGGUGGACGGUGGAUGAGGUGGCUGAGUUUGUACAGUCUCUUCUGGGCUGUGACGAGCAUGCUAAGUGCUUUAAGAAAGAGCAGAUUGAUGACAAAGCUUUCCUGCUCCUGACACAGACAGACAUUGUCAAAGUCAUGAAGAUCAAAUUGGGUCCAGCACUGAAGAUUUAUAAUUCUAUCCUGAUGUUCAGGAAUUCCCAGGACCUCACUGAAGAAGACCUCGUCUCAGGCCAGGAAGUCAGGGGAUGA